ACCUGUCGUUUCUAUAUUUCGAUAAGGUCCAUUUUCGCAUCAAAAGCACAUGCCCGAUAUUGAUUUCUAGUGUCGCGACUCUACGUGGGUUGAUAUGGGUUAAUCUCGACACGGUCCAGCUUCCAACGUUUCGUCUUCGGUGACCUUCAGUAUUUUUCGCAAUAAUAAAGUAAGGACCUAGUGUAAGAACGUAAUGUCGGGCAAAACUCUUCCUGAGAUGACCAGAAAUGGGCACGAGCUGGCUCCACUGACUAGCAGAAACGGGUCCGAAUCGAGGGGUAAGCCGGGAGUGACUAUUGUUCUUCAGGGGCCCCGGGGGUCGAUCAUUUCCAGAGGCAGCGGUGCGAUGGAGCAAGAUCCUGACAGAGCGGCGUGGUCGGGAAAGCUGCAGUUCUUCUUGUCAAUUAUAGGUUAUUCGGUGGGGUUGGGUAAUAUCUGGAGGUUUCCCUACCUAUGCCAACAAAAUGGAGGAGGUGCCUUCCUGAUACCCUUUGCUGUGAUGCUAGUGCUAGAGGGCAUCCCUCUCUUCCUCAUAGAAUUAGGAAUCGGGCAGAAGAUGCGACUGGGUUCUUUAGGAGUCUGGAACACUAUCCAUCCAUGGUUGGGGGGAAUCGGAAUUUCCUCUUGCAUCGUUACUUUUUUUGUAGCCCUCUAUUACAACGUCAUCAUCACUUGGUGCUUCUACUAUCUCUUCAACAGUUUUCAGUACCCUCUGCCUUGGGAAUCCUGUCCUCUGGAUAAAAACGGAUCUUUGAACAUCGAAUGUGAUAAAUCUUCUGCGACUGCUUAUCACAGGACAGAAAUAGCUAAUAAAGUGUUUAGAACGUUUGGCAGUGCUGAAAUAACACCCACACCCGAUUUACGACCAGAUACAUCAACCGCAGUUGUGUCCAUGGCAGAAAAAAAAAUAAGAAAAAAAGUUGUGUACUUCACGUCAGUCUUUCCAUAUCUCGUGCUGACGAUAUUCUUCAUAAGAGGAAUCACUUUGAAAGGAGCAGCGGCUGGACUAGAACAUAUGCUGACACCCAAGGUUGAGAAACUGCUAAUGCCAAAGGUAUGGCUGGACGCUGCAACUCAAGUGUUCUACUCCUUUGGGCUGGCUUUUGGUUCUCUCAUAGCCUUCGGAUCCUACAACACCCCCAAAAACAACUGCGUUAGAGAUGUCAUUCUAGUAUCGGUUUGCAAUGCCGUAACAGCAAUAUAUGCCAGCGUUGUUAUUUUUGCAAUUCUCGGCUUCAAAGCAGUCAGCAACGUCGACAAAUGUCGUAUAGACAACAUCAAUCUGCUUAUGAAACACGAUUUCCUAGCAAAAAGUUUAUUGCCUUCCCAAAUCUCAGAAGACACCUACCAGCACGCUUUAUUACAUGCCAAUAACACAAUUGACAUCAGGGAGUGCUCCUUGGACAGAGAAUUGGAUGCGGCUGCUGAAGGAACUGGUCUUGCCUUCAUAGUUUUCACCCAAGCUAUAGUGGAGCUGCCAGGCGCUCCAUUCUGGGCGGUCAUUUUCUUCAUGAUGCUGCUGUCGCUUGGAAUUGGGUCACAAAUCGGGAUCUUGGAAGGAAUGUUGUGUACAGUCUUCGAUAUUGAGAUACUGAAAAGGGUUGGCAAGCAAUAUAUCACAGCUGUCGUGUGUAUCAUCUGCUUCUCGAUGGGCCUCAUCUUCACCACUGGCGCUGGCGAAUACUGGCUCAGCAUGUUCGACUCCUUCGCUGGAACUAUCGGCUUGGUGGUUGUCGCUUUCUUGGAGAUGAUUGCCGUUAUCUACGUCUACGGUCACGAGAAGUUCACCAAGGACAUCUACGAGAUGACCGGAGUGAAGCCAGGCCUCUACUGGCAGAUCACUUGGCGGUUCUUAGCCCCAGUCAUCAUGGUCUUGAUUCUGCUUUCUUCAAUUGUCUCCAUGGUGAUCGACCAUCCCAAGUACCAGGCUUGGAAUAAGGAACAGGGAGAUGUUGUGGCAACUCCCUACCCAAGUUGGGUUAUGGGAAUUGCAAUCGCUAUGAUUCUGGCAGGGAUUCUCCCUAUACCGAUAGUUUUCCUGCUGAGGAGAUACCAGAUCCUCAAACUGGAUGUCAACAUACACGAAGGAUCCAUCAGAAGGAUUGACACAACCGUUUCUACUAAAGAAAUGAUAACUGAUGUUGAU